AAAGUAGAGCUGAAAGAAUGGAGGUGAAUGUGAAGACUGCAGCUGAACCGGAGACGCUGUGACGCCCCCCCCCCCCUCUCUCUCUCUCUUCCAAACACGCCCCCACCAGAAGAGAAGAAGUAGCAGUGUUUCUACAUGGAGACCCGGGGACGCGUCUGACCCGCACGCAGAGGGAACAUGUCCGAGCACAGGACCAGUUUUCUCCACAACGGAGACGUGGUGUCUCUGUGCGCCGAGGGCUCGGUGAGCGGCUUCAUCAGCACUUUGGGGCUUGUCGAUGACAGGUGUGUGGUCCAGCCCGAUGCCGGAAACCUGGCCAACCCACCCAAAAAGUUCAGAGACUGCCUCUUCAAGGUGUGUCCCAUGAACAGAUACUCGGCCCAGAAGCAGUUCUGGAAGGCCAAACAACAAGGAAAACAAGGACACAACAACACGCAGGGAGACCUUUUCAGGAAGUUACAGGAUGCAGCAGAACUGGAGAUGAAGCAGAACGAGUCGGAGAACAAGAAGCUCCUCGGGGAAGUUGUGAAAUACAGUAACGUCAUCCAGCUCCUGCACAUCAAGAGCAACAAAUACCUGACGGUGAACAAGCGCCUCCCUGCUCUGCUCGAGAAGAACGCCAUGCGGGUUUCUUUGGACUCGGCGGGGAACGAGGGCUCCUGGUUCUACAUUCAGCCUUUCUGGAAGCUCCGCAGCGAAGGCGACAACGUGGUGGUUGGCGACAAGGUUGUGCUGAUGCCAGUGAACGCAGGGCAGCCUCUCCACGCCAGUAACAUCGAGCUGCUGGACAACCUGGGCUGCAAAGAGGUUAAUGCGGUUAACUGCAACACAAGCUUUAAGAUCACCUUGUUCAUGAAGUUCAGCGACUACAGGGAAGAUGUGCUGAAGGGGGGGGACGUGGUGAGGCUGUUUCACGCGGAGCAGGAGAAGUUUCUGACCUGUGACGAGUACAAGAAGCAGCAGCAGCACGUCUUCCUCCGGACCACCCUGCGGCAGUCCGCCACCUCCGCCACCAGCUCCAAGGCCCUCUGGGAGAUUGAGGUUGUACACUAUGACCCCUGCAGAGGUGGAGCCGGACAGUGGAACAGUCUCUUCCGCUUCAAACACCUGGCGACUGGGAAUUACCUGGCAGCAGAGGAGAACCCGGAAUUCAAAGACAACACGGUGGCGCCCAGAGGAGAGAACGAGACGGAGACUUUGUUCUCCAAGAGGAAGCAUCAAGCAGCAGAGAAGAUUGCUUAUGUCCUGGUUUCUGUUCCUCAUGGGAACGACAUCGCCUCUCUGUUUGAGCUGGAUGCCACCACUCUGCAGCGCGCCGACUGCCUCGUGCCCAGAAACUCCUAUGUGAGACUGAGGCACUUGUGCACCAACACGUGGGUGACGAGUACCAACGUCCCCAUCGAUGCUGAGGAGGAGCGUCCAGUCAUGCUCAAGAUUGGAACCUGUCCCACUAAAGAGGACAAAGAAGCCUUCGCCAUCGUGUCUGUUCCCCUGUCGGAGGUCAGGGACUUGGACUUUGCCAAUGACGCCAGCAAGGUCCUGGAGUCCACAGUGAGGAAGCUUCAGUUUGGCAACAUUGCUCAGAACGAGAGGAGGUUUGUGACAAAGCUGCUGGAGGACCUUGUUUUCUUUGUAUGUAUGGUACCAAACAACGGGCAGGACGUUUUGUCUGUUGUCACUUCCACACCCAACCGAGAGCGGCAGAAACUCAUGAGGGAGCAGAACAUCCUAGCGCAGAUCUUUGGCAUCCUGAAGGCUCCAUUCACAGAUCAGGGGGAUGGUCCGAUGCUAAAGUUGGAGGAUUUGGGAGACCAGCGCUAUGCGCACUUCAAGUACAUGUUGAGACUCUGCUACAGGGUGCUGCGCCACUCCCAACAGGACUAUCGCAAGAACCAGGAAUACAUAGCCAAAAAGUUCACCAUCAUGCAGUCUCAGAUUGGUUAUGAGAUCCUGGCUGAGGACACAAUCACGGCCCUGCUGCACAACAACCGCAAGCUGCUGGAAAAACACAUCACAGCCAGAGAGAUCGAGACCUUCGUCAGCCUGCUGAGGCGCAACAGAGAGCCCAGAUUCCUGGAUUAUCUGUCUGAUCUCUGCGUAUCCAACAAGACGGCGAUCCCUGUCACACAGGAGCUUAUCUGUAAAUUUAUGCUCAACCCCACCAACGCAGAUAUCCUCAUCCAGACCAAGCUAAUCCCGAACACGGAGACCACCAUGGAGUCCUCUCUGCUGCAGGAGGAGGUGGAUGAGGAGGAGGUUUGGCUCUACUGGAUCGACGGCCACAAGGAACCUCACGGCAAAUCCAUUCGCCACCUUGCCCAGGAUGCCAAGGGCAACCACAAGGAUGAUUUCGACGUUAUCACCUAUUACAGGUACCAGUUGAACCUCUUUGCAAAAAUGUGUCUGGACCGCCAGUACCUCGCCAUCAACCAGAUCACCUGUCAGCUCCCCGUGGAUCUGAUCCUGCGCUGCAUGUUUGACGACUGCCUGCCGUACAACCUGAGAGCCUCCUUCUGCCGCCUCAUGCUGCACAUGCACGUGGACCGGGACCCUCAGGAGUCCGUGGUGCCUGUGCGCUAUGCCCGCCUCUGGACUGAGAUCCCAUCCAAGAUCACGAUCCAUGAGUUUGAAUACGAGUCCAGUGACACGUCAAGAGAGGAGAUGAAGAGGAAGUUUGCACCCACCAUGGAGUUUGUUGAAGAAUAUCUUAAAGAUGUGGUCAGCCAGCCGUUUCCAUUUGGCGAAACAGACAAGAAUGAACUCACGCUAGAGGUGGUGAAUCUGGCCCGUAACCUGGUCUACUUUGGUUUCUAUAGCUUCAGUGAGCUGCUGCGCCUCACGCGCACCCUGCUGGCCAUACUGGAUAUUGUCCAGCACCCACUGACCUUCAUGAGCAAGCUCGACAAGAGCCCAGAGACUGGCAACAAUGUCCUACGUACGAUCCACGGAGUCGGGGAAAUGAUGACUCAGAUUAUGAUGAGUCGAGGUGUGCCGCACAGCCUCCCUGACACCUCCACGUCCCUCCGCUAUGGGAGAGGACACUUCCUGCCGGACAAUGAGGACGUCAUGGUGAUGGACACCAAGCUAAAGAUCAUCGAGAUCCUGCAAUUCAUCCUCUGUGUGAGGUUGGAUUAUAGGAUCACAUACUUGCUGUCCAUCUACAAGAAAGAGUUUGGGGAAAAGACUCUGACUGAGACCUCUGUGGCUGAUUUUAUCCCAAUAACACCCUCUGAACCAGACAUCGACGAGAUCGCAACCAAGGCAGAGAGCAUGUUUGCUGGAGGCUCAGAAUUAAGUGCAGUGGAGCUGGACGAUGAGGGAGGCAGGACGUUUUUGAGGGUUCUGAUCCACCUCAUCAUGCAAGAUUACCCCCCACUGGUGUCUGGCUCGCUGCAGCUCAUCUUCAAACACUUCAGCCAGAGAGCGGAGGUCCUGCAGGCCUUCAAACAGGUGCAGCUGUUGGUGUCCGAGCAGGAUGUAGACAACUACAAGCAGAUCAAGACGGACCUGGACCAGCUACGUCUGACUGUUGAGAAGUCAGAGCUGUGGGUUGAGAAGAGUGGAGUCUACAGCGGUGAAGACCACGGGGCCGGGCAGGUCAAUGAACAGAACCAUGAGGAGGUUGUCCUGAGCCCAGUGCAGGAUGGAGAUAAUAAACCUCAAAUUGACAGCAACAAAGCAAACAACUACAAAAUAGUCAAAGAAAUCCUGCUGAGACUCAGUAAGCUAUGUUAUCCCAGUAAGAAGAGUCGUUUGCAGCAGCAGAGGCUGCUGAAGAACAUGGGGGCCCACGCAGUGGUGCUGGACCUGCUGCAGAUCCCCUAUGAGAAGUGUGAUGAGAAGAUGAAUGAAGUCAUGACCCAGGCACAUACCUUUCUGCAGAAUUUCUGCAAAGGAAAUCAUCAGAACCAAGUUCUUCUUCAUAAGCACCUGAACCUCUUCCUAACUCCUGGGUUGCUUGAAGCUGAGACGAUGCGCCACAUCUUCAUGAACAACUACCAGCUGUGCAACGAGAUCAGCGAUCGCGUGGUCCAUCAUUUUGUCCACUGCAUUGAAACACACGGAAGACACGUCCAAUACCUCAAGUUCCUGCAAACCAUUGUGAAAGAAGAUGCAAAGUAUGUGAAGAAAUGUCAGGACAAAGUCAUGACAGAGCUGGUGAACGGAGGCGAAGACGUGCUGGUGUUCUACAACGACCGCUCCUCGUUCUCCGUCCUGCUGCAGAUGAUGGGCUCCGAGCGCGAGCGCAUGGACGAAGACGGCGCGCUGGCCUACCACAACGCGCUGGUGGAGCUGCUGGCGGCCUGCACCGAGGGAAAGAACGUCUACACGGAGCUGAAGUGCAACUCUCUUCUGCCGCUGGACGACAUCGUCAAAGUUGUCACGGAUGUUCACUGCAUACCAGAGGUGAAAAUGGCGUAUGUGAACUUUGUGAAUCACUGUUACGUGGACACAGAGGUAGAAAUGAAGGAGAUAUACACCUCCAACCAUAUUUGGAAACUCUUUGACAGCUUCCUGGUGGACAUGUCCAGAGUUUCCAAACCUACCACGGACCGUAACCAUGCCGAUUUGGCCCUGGAGAAGUACGUGACCGAGACGGUGAUGGCCAUCGUCAAGGGUUUCUUCAGCUCACCUUUCUCUGUCAACCACUCCAACCUGCAGACAAACCAGUCUGUCUUCAUCAGGCUGCUUCAGUCUUCUUUCACCAUCUACAACUGCCCCUGGAUCAACUCGGCUCAGAAAGUUAAUAUUGAGACGUGCAUCAAAGCGCUGGCAGAUGUUGCUAAGGACCGGUCCAUAGCCAUCCCCGUGGACCUGGACAGUCAGGUCAACACUUUGUCCCUGAGGGUCCACAGCAACAUGGUGCAGCGAGCAGCCAAGGACUGGAGGAUAUCAGCCCGCACACGACCUCGCAAGGAGAACCUGGGUGGCCCUGACUACAAGAACAUCAUCGAGAAGCUCCAGGGGGUCGUGUCCCUUCUGGAGGAACAGUUCAGUCCGAAGGUUCAGGCAGAGUUUUCUGUGCUGGUGGAUGUUCUUCACAGCCCAGAACUGCUUUUUCCAGAGGCUGCUCGACUACGCUGUGAGAGUGGAGCUUUCAUGUCCAAACUGAUCAAACACACCCAGAAACUUAUGGAAAAAGAAGAGAAGCUGUGCAUCAAGAUCCUGCAAACACUCAGAGAGAUGAUGGACAAGAAGGAAUGCUUCCAGGAGGCUGGAAGCGAGUUAAGGAAGAUCCUCCUCACUCGCUACUUUGGUACUCAAAAGCUUCUCAGCAAGACGGAGCUCGGGAGUGGAAGCUGUUCAUCUGUCAAGCCGUCAUCCGGAGGAGGUUCUCCCAUGCUGGACCACGACAAGCCAGCCAGUAGUGUGGUGGACAUCCAGUGUCUUCUGGACAAUGUUGGCGCGUCAGAACUGGUGAUUGAUCUCAUCGUCAACACCAAGAACGACCGGGUGUUUGAGGAGAGCAUUCUGUUGGGCAUUGCCCUCCUCCAGGGCGGAAACACACAGAUACAGAACUCCUUCUACAACCAACUUCGCAAGGAGAAGAAGUCGGAGAGAUUCUUCAAAGUUUUCUACGACCGCAUGCGUUCGGCCCAGCAGGAGAUCCGAGCCACCGUGUCCGUCAACAUGUUUGAGCUCAGCUGCAGAAAAAGGGACGACGACCCCGACGUCAGUAGCAUCAGGUUGAAAAAAGCGAGAGACUCUCUGCUUCAUAUAAGGGAGGACAUGCGAGGGCAGCUGAAGGAGGCCUCCUCAGUCACCUCAAAGGCCUUCAGCGCCUACAGAAAGGAGCUGGAUCCCGACCUCGAAGGCCUCGGUCAGAACAGUGAGCUCGUUGGGGCGGAAGACGUUUUAGAAGAAGAUCCGAUGAGCCAAGCAAUCGCCAUCAUGAAACCAAUCCUACGUUUCCUUCAGCUGCUUUGUGAGAACCACAAUACAAAACUACAGAACUUUCUGCGCAACCAGUCCAACAAGACAAACUACAAUCUGGUGUGUGAGACCCUUCAAUUCCUGGACUGCAUUUGUGGGAGCACCACUGGAGGCCUCGGCCUACUAGGCCUUUACAUUAAUGAGAAUAAUGUGGACCUGGUUCGCCAAACGCUGGAAACCAUCACGGAGUACUGCCAAGGACCCUGCCAUGAAAACCAGAGCUGUAUAGCCAGACAUGAGUCAAAUGGCAUUGAUAUAAUAAUAGCGCUGAUUGUCAACUCCAUCAACCCCCUGGGGAAGCAUCGACUGGACCUCGUGCUCCAGCUCAAGAACAAUGCCUCCAAGCUGCUAUUGGCCAUCAUGGAGAGUUGCCAUGACAGCGAGAACGCAGAGAAGAUCCUCUACAAGAUGAGACCCACCGAGCUGGUGGAUGUUAUGAAGGAGGCUUAUGCCCAGGGUAUAGAGAGCGAGGACGAUGAGGACAGUGUUGGCGACCAGAUAAAGCCCAGAGACGUCGGGCACAACAUUUACAUCCUGGCUCACCAGCUGGCUCGACACAAUAAGAUCCUGCAGCAGAGCCUGAGGCCAGAAUUGUGUGGCGGCCCGGGGUCAGGGGUCGACACGGACAACGAGGAGCACGACGCGCUGCAUCACUACGCCAAUCACACCGCCCAGAUAGAGAUUGUGCGUCACGACCGCACCAUGGAGCAGAUCGUGUUUCCGGUCCCCAACAUCUGCGAGUACCUCACGGAGGAGUCCAUGGUGCGCGUGUUCACCACCACGGAGAGAGACGACCAGGGCAGCAAGGUUAACGACUUCUUCCAGCAGUUUGACAACCUCUACAGCGAGAUGAGGUGGCAGAAGAAGAUCCGCAGAAACAAGGCCCUGUUCUGGUUCUCUCGACACAUCUCUGUCUGGGGGAGCAUCUCCUUCUACCUCGCCUGUCUGCUCAACAUCGCAGUGGCUGUAUUCUACCCCUUCGGCGAUGAUGGAGACGAGGGCACCUUGUCCCCCUUCUGGAACCUCUCGCUGUGGGUGGCGUUGGUGGUGUUCACAGCGCUGCUGCCGGUCUUACCCAAGCCGUCGGGCAUCUUGUUCUUCCUGGUGUCUCUCAUCCUACGUGCCAUCUACACUAUGGGCCUCGCUCCCGCUCUGUUGCUGCUGGGUGCUGUCAAUCUGUUCAACAAGUUGGUCUUCCUCGUAAGUUUCGUGGGAAACCAGGGGACGUUCACUCGAGGCUACAAAGCGGUUAUUAUGGACAUGCUCUUCAUUUACCAUUUGGGCUAUGCCAUCAUCUGCGUCCUGGGCCUCUUUGUGCACGAGUUCUUCUACAGCUUUUUGUUGUUUGACCUGGUUAUCCGAGAGGAGACGUUGCUCAACGUGAUCAAAAGCGUGACGAGAAAUGGCCGCUCCAUUAUUCUUACUGCGGUUCUGGCCAUCUUCCUCGUUUACUUCUUCUCCAUCAUCGGCUUCCUCUUCCUCAAGGACGACUUUCGAAUGGAGGUUGACCGCCUUCCUGCAUCAGGUAUGAACAUCGGUUGGAUGUCAUCUCCCAUAUUUCUCCCCAUGUUCUCUGGAAAAGCGGAUACAUUGAGUAACAAAGGAAUUGCCGACUCAUGUAUGAAAGAUAGCUGUUCGGUUUCAACACCUAAAAAUGUUCCCGAUGAUGGGACCGAGCGGGUGUGUGACACCCUGCUCAUGUGUAUCAUCACGGUUUUGAACCAGGGACUACGUAAUGGAGGUGGUGUGGGAGACGUUCUCAGGAGACCCUCCAAAGAGGAGCCUCUGUUUGCCGCCCGAGUGGUUUACGACCUUCUGUUCUUCUUCAUUGUCAUCAUCAUCGUUCUUAACCUCAUCUUUGGUGUUAUCAUCGACACCUUCGCUGACUUGAGAAGUGAAAAACAAAGGAAGGAGGAGAUCCUGAAAACCACCUGUUUCAUCUGUGGGUUGGAGAGGGACAAAUUUGACAACAAGACGGUGUCCUUCGAGGAACACAUCAAAUCGGAACACAACAUGUGGCACUACCUCUACUUCCUGGUUCUGGUGAAGGUGAAGGAUCCCACCGAAUACACCGGCCCUGAGAGCUACGUGGCCCAGAUGAUCGCGGAGAACAACCUGGAGUGGUUCCCCCGUAUGAGAGCCAUGUCUCUAGUGAGCAGCGAGGGCGACAGCGAGCAGAAUGAGAUGCGCUCUUUGCAGGACAAACUGGACAGCACUGUCACUCUGGUGUCUCAGCUGUCUGGACAGCUGGCUGAGCUCAAAGAACAGAUGACAGAACAGAGGAAAAACAAGCAGAGGCUUGGAUUCCUGGGUCCUUCUCAGCCCAACCAUCUCACCGCGGCCCACUGAGAGGCUGCAGGCUCAAACUCGCAGUAGAGACAUAAACGGCCAUUAAAACAAUACAUGGGUACACUUUCAAUUACUAAUGUCGAAAUGCAAGAGGUGUUGUUUUUGUUUUUUUUGCGGGAUUCAAACUGUGCCUUAUGCCCCCCCCCCCCCCCUCGGCCUGAGAGGAUGCUUCACUCGCUGCCUGCACACGGCACACAUCGGCCUGUGUCAUCGGGUGCCGCGGCUCCUCGACCGUCCCCGGUGCUGACGUGUUGAGAGGCGACACGCAGCACGGGGGGGGGGGGGGGGGGGGGUCGGCAGUGUUUGUAACGUUUGGGGCUUUUGGUCUCCAUGGGGGAAGAUCCUCUCCUUUUUUACCUAUUUUUUUUUAAACAUUUUUAUUUCUAAUGGUAUUUAUGACAAAAUGUGCGGUGUAUAGCAGGAGUUUUAUUUGGAUGUCAUGCUGCCUUACACAGUCACUUUUCUAAACCGUGCAUUGCAACUGCUGAAAGUGCACUUUUAUUUAUAAGUGCAAAGAUUUAGCCCUGUAACUGGAAACAUUAGUGAGUUGGGGUAUUUGUGAAAUGCAUUUGCUGCACCAUUUCAUUUUUUUAAAUACAUUUAUACAGAAUAUAUAAAUAACAAAUGUGAUUUAAAAAAUAAGUACCUGGGCAGAACUUACUAGAAAUGUAUUUUAAGUCAAAAUCAUAUAUUGGUACAGUGUAUGAUGUAGAUGUUAUGAUUGCAUUUAUGUUACAAUGUGAGCAUGAUGUCUACAGAGAUGCCUAUACUGUAAUAUUAACUAUAUCAUCAUCUUCCACUAUUUCUAUUUCUUUUGUUUUAUUUCAUAAAUGUAAAUCUGUCUUUUGGACUGCGAUUGAUUGUGAAGUCUGACCUUGUGUUUUAAACUCGCACAAACUAACGGCAGAUUAGAAGCGCAUGCACUCAAUAUUAACUGUCCUGGGACACUUUCUGUUUAAACAAAGUGUCUAGAGAAAUCUGUUUUAUGGGGUAAUACGUUGUAAUAAAUUUGUUUUUAACAAGA